CCUCAAGGGCCGGCGGGCGCGGGGCUAUCCUCGAAGAUUACUUAAGGCAGCCACGGGUGGAGGUCGCAGCGGGAAGCGCAUUUCUGUGGAGGGGGAGAGGGGCGUGGGGUGACCGCCGGGGCGGCCGGGAUUCCCAGGGUGUGAGUGCGCCGCCGCUGCCCGAGGUGGGGCGCAGCGCGCGGGGGAGCGCAGGGCGCGGCGGAGUCGGGUUUCAGAGCGCGAGUGACUCAGGGCGAGUGCCGAGAGCCGGGAUUCUGCCCGCUGCCGCGGCCGCUGCCGAGCGCCGCCUUUGUUCGCUGCAGGAAGGGCGAGCGCGGCGCCCAGCGCUCAGCGCCCCUUAGUCCUCCGCGGAGCUUCAACGCUUUGCUCCGCUGGCCGCGCGCCUUCCGGGGCUCCGUAGACCCGCGAGAUGGUACCACCAAGGAGGAACGGGCAGUGCUGGUGUCUGCUGGUGCUGCUCUCGGUCUCCGCGCCCCUGCCUGCUGUCACCCAGACCCGAGCUGCGACAGAGUCGGCUUCCCAGGGUCACCUGGACCUCACACAGCUCAUCGGUGUCCCGCUGCCCUCCUCCGUAUCCUUUGUCACAGGCUAUGGUGGCUUCCCAGCCUACAGCUUUGGGCCUGGUGCCAACGUCGGCCGCCCAGCCAGGACCCUCAUCCCAUCCACCUUCUUCAGGGACUUCGCCAUUAGCGUCACGGUGAAGCCCAGCAGCACCCGCGGCGGCGUGCUCUUUGCCAUCACUGACGCCUUCCAGAAGGUCAUUUACCUGGGCUUGCGGCUCUCGGGUGUGGAGGAUGGCCAGCAGCGGAUCAUCCUCUACUACACGGAGCUGGGCUCCCAUGUGUCCCAAGAGGUUGCCGCCUUCUCGGUGCCCGUGAUGACCCACAGGUGGAACCGCUUCGCCGUGAUUGUCCAGGGUGAGGAAGUGACCCUCCUCGUGGACUGUGAGGAGCACAGCCGCAUUUCCUUCCAGCGGUCCUCCCGGCCUUUGGCUUUCGAGUCCAGCGCUGGAAUCUUCGUGGGCAAUGCUGGAGCUACAGGGCUCGAGAGAUUUACCGGCUCCAUCCAGCAGCUCAUUGUGCACCCUGACCCCAGGACUCCCGAGGAGCUGUGUGACGCUGAAGAGUCGUCGGCAUCUGGAGAAACCAGCGGACUGCAGGAGACAGACGGAGUAGCUGAGAUCUUAGAAGCCGUCACCUACACUCAAGCCCCGCCCGAAGAAGCAAAAGUUGAACCCAUAAACAUACCUCCAACUCCAUCCUCCCUCACUGAGGACAUGGAACUUUCUGGUGAACCUGUACCUGAGAGGACCCCGGAAAUCACCAACAUGGGCAUCCUCCAGCACAGCAGCCCAGAACAAGGGUCUGGUGAGAUCCUGAAUGACACGCUGGAGGGAGUUCAUUCUGUGGAUGGUGACCCCAUUACUGACAGCGGCUCAGGGGCUGGGGCCUUCCUUAACAUCGCUGAAGAAAAGAAUUUAGCAGCAACAGCAGCGGGACUGGCCGAGGUGGCCAUCAGCACUGCUGGGGAAACAGAGGCUGGCAGUGUGCCCACUGGGGGACCGACCCUCUCUAUGUCCACCCAGAACCCAGAGGACGGGGUCACUCCAGGUCCAGAUAAUGAAGAGAUUUUAGCAGCAACAGCAGCAGGGGAGGCCAAGGCACCCGCCAGCACGCCUGGAGAAGCAGAGGCCAGUGGUAUGCCUUCCGGGGAGCCGGACCUCUCCGUGUCCACCCAGAGCCUCGGGGAAGAAGCCACUGUGGGUCCAAACAGUGAAGAAAGUUUAACAGCAGCCACAGCUGCAAUCGAAGUGCCCCUCAGUACUUUCGAGGAUGAGGAAGCCAGUGGGAUCCCCACAGACGUCCUGGCACCCACCACAGCCACUGCGGGCCCUGAGCAGGCAGUCACUUCUGGUCCUGGUGAUGAAGAAGACUUGGCAGCAGCCACCACAGCGAAGCCCCCCACCACAGCUGGUGGUGAAGAGUCUGGCAGCCUUCCCCCUGAUGGGCCACCGCUGCCCCUGCCCACAGUGGCUCCUGAAAGAUGGGUCACUCCAGCUCAAAGAGAACACGUGAGAAUGAAAGAACAGGCUAGGCCCAAAGGAGAAAAGGGUGAUGCUGGGGAGGAGCUUCCUAGCCCUCCUGAACCUUCCAGGCCUGUUGGACCCACGGUGGGAGCGGAGGUGGAGGGCUCUGGCCUGGGCUGGGGCUCGGGCAUCAGCUCGGGCUCUGGUGACCUGGUGGGCAGUGAGGAGCUGCUGAGAGGUCCUCCAGGGCCCCCAGGCCCACCUGGCGUACCUGGGAUUCCGGGAAAACCAGGAACUGAUGUUUUCAUGGGACCCCCUGGAUCUCCUGGAGAGGAUGGAGCUGCUGGUGAACCUGGGCCCCCGGGCCCUGAGGGAGAGCCUGGAGUUGAUGGAGCCACCGGCCUUCCCGGGAUGAAAGGGGAGAAGGGGGCAAGAGGGCCUAAUGGCUCAGUUGGUGAAAAGGGUGACCCUGGCAACAGAGGCUUACCUGGACCCCCAGGGAAACAGGGACAAGCUGGCCCUCCUGGGGUCAUGGGACCCCCAGGACCUCCUGGACCCCCUGGGCCCCCAGGCCCUGGAUGCACAAUGGGACUUGGAUUCGAGGAGACCGAAGGCUCUGGAAGCACCCAGCUACUGAAUGAACCCAAACUCUCCAGACCAACGGCUGCAAUUGGUCUCAAGGGAGAAAAAGGAGACCGGGGACCCAAGGGAGAAAGGGGGAUGGAUGGAGCUAGCAUUGUGGGACCCCCUGGGCCGAGAGGGCCACCUGGGCGCAUCGAGACCUUGUCUAGUUCCUUGAUCAAUAUCACCCAUGGAUUCAUGAAUUUCUCAGACAUUCCUGAGCUGGUGGGGCCUCCGGGGCCAGACGGGUUGCCUGGGCUGCCAGGAUUUCCAGGCCCUAGAGGACCAAAAGGUGACACUGGUUUGCCUGGCUUUCCAGGACUAAAAGGAGAACAGGGUGAGAAGGGAGAGCCGGGUGCCAUCCUGACAGGGGAUGUUCCCUUGGAAAGGCUAAUGGGGAAAAAGGGUGAACCUGGAAUGCACGGAGCCCCAGGACCAAUGGGGCCCAAAGGACCACCAGGACACAAAGGAGAAUUUGGCCUCCCAGGACGACCUGGUCGCCCAGGACUGAAUGGCCUCAAGGGUGCCAAAGGAGAUCCAGGGGUCAUUAUGAAGGGCCCACCUGGCUUACCUGGUCCUCCAGGCCCCCCUGGGCCACCUGGAGCUGUGAUUAACAUCAAAGGUGCUGUUUUCCCAAUACCCGUCCGACCACACUGCAAAAUGCCAGUCGGUACCGCUCAUCCUGGGAGUCCGGAGCUCAUCACCUUUCACGGUGUUAAAGGAGAGAAAGGAUCCUGGGGUCUUCCCGGCUCAAAGGGAGAAAAAGGCGACCAGGGGGCCCAGGGACCACCAGGUCCUCCACUUGAUCUAACUUAUCUGAGACACUUUCUGAACAACUUGAAGGGGGAGAAUGGAGACAAGGGGUUCAAAGGUGAAAAAGGAGAAAAAGGAGAGUUUAAUGGCAGCUUUCUUAUGUCUGGACCUCCAGGCCUGCCCGGAAAUCCAGGCAUGGCUGGCCAGAAAGGGGAGACAGUCAUUGGGCCCCAAGGACCCCCAGGUGCUCCUGGUCUGCCUGGGCCACCUGGCUUUGGAAGACCUGGUGAUCCUGGGCCACCGGGACCCCCAGGGCCACCAGGACCUCCGGCUAUCCUGGGAGCAGAACUGUAUCAUUUUACUGGGACUUAUAAAAACAUCCUUAACACUGCCAAGAGCUUGGCAGAUUUGGAGGUGUUGUCAGGGGUCACAGCAUUCAGCAACAUGGAUGACAUGCUGCAGACAGCGCAUUUGAUUAUAGAAGGAACAUUCGUCUACCUGAGGGACAGCACUGAGUUCUUCAUUCGCGUUAGAGAUGGCUGGAAAAAAUUGCAGCUGGGAGAACUGAUCCCCAUUUCUGCCGACAGCCCUCCACCUCCUGCACUUUCCAGCAACCUACAUCAGCCUCUGCCUCCACUGAACCCUAUUUCAAGUGCCAAUUAUGAGAGGCCUGCUCUACAUUUGGCUGCUCUGAACAUGCCAUUUUCUGGGGACAUUCGAGCUGAUUUUCAGUGCUUCAGGCAGGCCAGAGCUGCAGGACUGUUGUCCACCUACCGAGCGUUCUUAUCUUCUCAUUUGCAAGAUCUCUCCACCAUUGUGAGGAAAGCAGAGAGAUACAGCCUUCCCAUAGUGAACCUCAAGGGUCAAGUACUUUUUAAUAAUUGGGACUCAAUUUUUUCUGGCCAUGGAGGUCAGUUCAAUACACAUACUCCAAUAUACUCCUUUGAUGGCCGAGACAUAAUGACAGAUCCUUCUUGGCCCCAGAAGGUCAUUUGGCACGGCUCCAGCCCCCAUGGCGUUCGCCUUGUGGAUAACUACUGUGAAGCGUGGCGAACCGCAGACACAGCGGUCACGGGACUUGCCUCCCCGUUGAGCACAGGGAAGAUUCUGGACCAGAAAGCAUACAGCUGUGCUAAUCGGCUAAUUGUCCUGUGUAUCGAAAACAGUUUCAUGACAGACGCCAGGAAGUAAUAGCCUUCCAACGAUUCUUAAAGAGUUUUCCAUUUUUUCUUAUGUGAAGAGUUGACACUGAAAUCUAAAAUGUUUGAUUGUUGUAAAUAUUACAGUUUUUUUUUUUUUAACUACACAUUCGUUACAACAGCAACCAAAGAAAACAUACCUCAAUACACUCAAACUGAAGACAUAGAGGACUCAGAUCAAAGACAAAAUCUGAUCCAUAUAUUGGUGCUAGAUUCUGCGGGAAAACGCAUCCCAACAUAGGUUAAGAGCAAGUUGAAAACAAAGGCCAUGGUAUUCUGCCGCUGCAUCCUUGAGACAGUUAUAUCCUCCUUUCAGCCAUUGUUGUUGAGUGUAAGAUGUCCUUCAUGUUUUCUUACAAAGUCAGUGUUUAGAAACGUUACCCUUUCUAACUUAUGUGCAGACCAAAUGCUUUUCUCUUUCACAUACUAUUCGUACACAGAAACAGAGCGGCUCAAAUGAUCCUAUUUGUAUUUUCUGAUACUAUCAGACUUUAAUUUUUUUCCUGAAAUAUUAUUGCCAUCAUGUUUUAGGAAUUUUAUAUUUUUACACAAUCAUAUUUUAGUAUGGCAUCUGUUUAUGUAACUCUGACUUGCUGGAAAAGUUAAAACUCCAAAUUAUCUGCAACUAGAAAAGAAAUAGCACAUAAUUACUACCUUCCCCUUGGUGGCUCUCCUCCCCAACCCCCACCCCACAAUUUUAUGGCUUCCAUUUGGCAACUUUUGAAUUAUAACUUCGAUUGAAAUAAACAGGUUCAUGGAGAUGAAUUUUCUGAGAAACAUAUAUCUACAUGUUAUAUGCUUGGAUUUUUUUCCAUGUAAGUGAACAUAAAAACAUCUUUUCUGGGCGCUUUCUUC